AUGAACUGCCGUGCUGGUUACCCUCUGGGCUGCACUGACCAUAAUUUUGUGACCAUUGGAUGGCGCGGGUGGGCAUCAUCAUCACUCUGCAAAUAUCCAGGUGGAUUAGGUGUGAUGACCGCCGCUUAUGGAGCCCACGGCCUCGAGAAACGCGUCAACAGUGAUGCUGGCAAGCUCAAGGCCUGGAACAGUGCCGCAAACAUUCAAUUGAUCCAUGCUGUGGCCCUGUUGGCGAUCUCCCAGUCCCCCGCGCUGAUGGCCCGCACGAGCCGCUUUGCGGCCCCCUUGCUCCUCGCCGGCACCGUCCUCUUCUCCGGCUCAAUCUAUGCACUCAUCUUGGAUACCAACAAGACCUUCUCCCGAACCUUCAAGUUGGGUCCCAUGACACCUCUGGGUGGUUUGACCCUCAUCUGUGGAUGGUUCGCUUUGGCGCUUUAA